AAUGAAUUAAUUAAAUGGACUACUUAUCUACAACUUAAUUCGAACAGCGACGAUGAUAGCGAUGAAAAUUAUUCUUCAACUCAACCUGCACCACUCGUUAAUUAUUCAUCGUCAGAAUCAUCCAGUGAUAAUGAAAACUUAUUACAAUCAUCUCAUCAAUCUACAUCUUCUAAUAACAACAGCAAUGUCGAUAUUACGUCUUCAUCAACAUCAACCAUUAUGAAAAAGCGUAAAAAACGCAAGCGUCUCGAUGGAGGUGGUAAAAAAUUAACUUAUGUGAAACUUGAUUCUCGUUUAUUUGCCUGGUAUCGUCAAAAACGUACUGAUCCUGGAUCGACAACAAUACCUGCUUCUGAUAUUCGUAAGGAAAGAGUAACAUUUCGUCAACUUGAACGUCGUGGACGACAAUUAAGUGAAGAAUUAAAUCAUCCAUGUCCAUCAUCGAAUUGGUUUGGUCGUUUUCUUGUUCGUCAUCGACUCUCUCUUCAACGUCCAAAACGACAACAGAAGAUUCCACUCGACGAUGUUCAUCAAAAAGCAACUUCAUUUUAUACUUUUCUUCGACGAGCAAGUCGAUGGGCUCCAAAACGUGGUGCAAUGGGGGCCUUUACUCCAUGUGACAUCUUCAACAUGGACGAAUCUCCACUUGCAUUAUUCGGCGAUCAAGCAAAACGAUCAAUCAAUGAUAUCAACACUUGCAAUGAAGUAGAAGGAUCUACAGUCGAUUCUCCAUUAUUACAUAUUGAUGAAUCCGACGACAAUGAUGAAGAACAACAGCAAAUCGCAAUUCAAGCAAAAUUAGCUGAAGAUCAAGACAAAAAUUUAUCAAAUCAGAAAUAUAAACAAUUAAAAUUAACUCAUUUUUGGAAAAAGUAA